AUGGCACUUCCUGUCCUUCCUAGCGCUCUUCCUUCGCUCACCGAUCGUGAUGCGGGCAUUGAUUCUCUCCACCGCGGCGUCACCUCGCUUGACACGGGCGAUGAGGCCACUUUUCUGUCGGCUUUUACUCAGGAUGCCGUUGUCGACAUCAACGGCACCCUCCUCAAGGGCCUACCCACCAUUCGCGGUGGAAUGUUUGAGACCGUGUCGAAGCUCAACACCACCCACUUCAUCACCAAUGUCCGUGUCAAUCACAAGACAGGCGAAUCAACAGCAACUUUGACAGCCCAUGCAUUGGCUCAGCAUUUCCGCACAGGGCAGGGAUUUGGCCAGAUCAUGAUAACCUUUUGA